UGUUUAAUCCGCGGGUAUCGGGUGAAAAAGCGGAGUCGGGGCAGCGCGAGACAGGCUCGCGCGGAAUGGAGGAGCAGCAGCGGCGCCGCCGCCGUGCCGUUGUUUGCUAUGAACACACUCCUGGACAGCUGUCCCGUGAAAGCAGCCUCUCUGUCGAGACUACUCUUAGCAUGAUGGCGACCACAGACGAGGUCACGGUGUCCAUGGGGGAGGUGGUGAUGGUGAAAGCUGACGGGGAGAAUGACCCCAAUAAGACUCAGGUCAUCCUCCAACUCCAGCCAAUCACGACUGGAGAUGAAUCUGCUGAAACAGAUGCAGCUGUCAUAGCAGUCGAAGCUCAUGCAGACAAAGCAGACGGAGACGAAGUAGAACUCGGUUGUCCCAUAACGUGUGGCGACUGUAAAGCUGUGCUGCUUGUGAAGAAAUUUGUGUGUCCAGGAAUCAACGUAAAAUGUGUGAAGUAUGAAGACCAGCUCAUCAGCCCCAAGCAGUUUGUGCACAUCUCUGGAAAGGCCACUCUGAAAGACUGGAAGAGAGCCAUCAGGAUGGGCGGAGUCAUGCUCAGAAAAAUGAUGGAUUCAGGUCAGCUGGACUUUUACCAGCACAGCACUCUGUGCACCAACACGUGCCGCAGCACCAAGUUUGACUUGCUCAUCAAUAACACGCGGUUUCCCCCAGACGGCAGCGGACUGACCACGCCCACAUCGUCUCAAGCUCAGGUGGUUCUGGGUGAUGGUGUGACAGUGGGUGAGGACAGAGCAGAAGCUGUGACUGUUAAAACAGACUGGAGCUCAGUGUCACAGGAGUCUGUUGACAAGAAGGAAUCUAACGAGAUCUCAGAGGACACAUUGAACUUCUGGAAGGGAAUCGCUGACGUGGGUUUGCUGGGUGAAGUGGUGACCAACAUCAGCACAGAGCUGCUGGAGCUGCUGAACGGUGUCCAGCAGCUCAGGAAUCUGGCUGCUUUACAGGACACAGAUUCCUGUCUGGUAGAGGUGGCGGUGCUCAGUAACCUGGCUCAAGUCUUCGGCCUGCUGGACUUGGUGAAGAACGUGCUGGAGAGGAGGAGGCAGCAGACAGAUCCCAGCCAGCAGCAGAUCCUCAGCACACUCAGCAGUCUGGAAGUGCAGCUGGAACAGCAGAGGAAGCAGCAGCAUGUUCGAGCUCUUCUCUCCUGCCCACAACCGGCCAAAAGCAAAACCCCCAAACGUCAAACCAAGCGGCCUCGCCUCCACAGACCCGCCUCCACCACCACGCUCCUGACCUCCCCCGUCAACCAGCAGACCACCCUGCACCCGCAGCAGUUCACCGUCCUGUCCCCCAUCUCACUGUCCUCCGUCGGUCAGCCCUUCACUGUGGCGGGUUUGCCCAUUGCCUCCCUCGCCCAGUCCUCAAACACCGUCACGCUGCUUCCCGCCGGGUCACAGCUCUUCACUCGCUACAUGGUGGCCGGAGACGGAAAGUCAGACACCAUCACCUUACACCCGUCCUCGGGGCUCACACUGGUGGGCACCACCGCUGCCAUGCAGGACUCCAGCCAGCUGGGGACAAUGAUGAGCCCUGUAGAGCUGGUGCACCUGAGCCAGCAGGGCAGCAGCACAGAGGUGGUUCCCAUAGAGGGUCAGGUGAUGGACGGCACCAUGCUAGUCCAGAGCGAGGUGGAAUCUGGUCAGGAACACACGGUCAUCGAGAUCAACCCGACGCCGGUGGAGCAGACUGUGGGAGUGAUGGAGCUGCAGCUGAGCGGAGACUCGGGCACAGACGCAGCCUCCAUGGUCGUUCAGAGUGCCAUGGAGGUGAAAAUGGCUCCCGAGGGGGAGGAGCCUCAGUGCCAAAUGCAGGAGGAGCAGACUGAAGGGGUUCAGGGGCUGGAGCUGGACGCCAGCGGACAGUUGUCUGGCAUCCAGAUAGUAGUGAUAGAGGAGGAAAACAAAGUGAAAUGAGACUUGUGUGAAGUUAAACCAUCUGGUAUUAAAUGAACGUCUGUCCUGAGAGAUCUGACCCCAGGUGGACAGCGCCACGUUAGUGUGGCAUUAAAAUGCUUCCUGGAUCAGAACCCACUUCACCACCGCUCUUUGCUAAUUCACAUGGAGGAACAAAAUUACAGCACUGUGUUGAAAGUCUGAGGUUGUCUGAGGUCACCAGACCUAAAGUCUGAGGUCACUAGCAGCUUUGUUGUUUUUAUGUCUGACAAAUUCUGUCAUCAUAGACGUUUGGGUUGGAAUAAUGUGACUGAACGUUGGUCAAAGAGUUAAACUCACACAACACGGGUAUGUCAUGAAUAAACCUGGUGUAAUUCACGGCAGAUAUUUGUCAACAUGUAGAGAUGCACUGAUGCCACAAGUACGACUACUUAAAUUAGUAUUUAAUAAUACAAUUACAGCAAAAAAUAAUGUUAAACUAAUUUUAUUUACUUCAUUUUGACUGAACAAAAUCAGGGCUGCAACGAUUAUUUAAUUAAUCAAUUAAAUUAUUUCGAUCAAUGAUUAUUCUGUUUUAGUGGGGUCAAAAAUGAUUACUGAAAAACAUCUGAGAACGUCAUUUCCAUUUUUCAACAUUUUCUGGACCAAACCAAUACUCAAUUAAUUAGGAAAAUACCAUUACCGCUUAAACAUUUACAGUCCCCUUUCAAAAAGAAUUUGAUUUAAAUGAAUAAAGCUUAAUAUUUAGUGGCAAAUCCUUUCCUGUGAUGUCAUGUUCCUGUGUUUUCGUGUCUUUACAGUCUCUUAAGUCUUUACAAACUGCUGAGUUAUUGCGACACAUCUGCUUACUGCUGCUCAGCUCACUGUCGGUAUCGGUGCAUCCUUAUGAAUUUAGGUUCCUCUCCAGGUUUAAGAGAGUCGGGGUCGUGCUGCUGUUGUUGGGAGUGUAAGAGUGGGUGAGACUAAAUAUGCUUUAUUAUAAAAACGGCACUCAUGUUUCCCAUAUUUACUCUGUAAUAAUGGGCUAAAGCAAUGUAAGAAAUUACAUCUGUUUCAUCCAGAUUAUGGUUGGACAUGGUUCAGUCCCAUUUAGGUUCAGAUGUUAAUCUCAGCGACAUCUUAACACAUCACCACGUCUUGCAAAUGCAAACAUUUCAGGUUCCCGGUUUGUUAAAGUGUUCAAGUGAUGUCACUGUGUGGUCAUUCUAUUAUUUUUGAUAAAAACAACAAAUCUAACGGUGGCCUGAGACUUUUGCACACAGUGUUGUGCGUUUUUAAAGGUUCUGAAUGUACAGAUGUGUUUGUCAUCAGUGUGUGUCACGGCGGCGCCAGAGACACAGUUUGGACAGAGAACAUUUUAACAUUAUUUCAACAAAUAAAACUCAAUCGAGAGGCGCUGAGUGAACCAUAAUAUUUCACGCACUGCCGUAAGGUUUCAACCAUUAGAGAAAGACGAGACUUAUGUGUUGAUCAGUGUUGAUAUUGUGGUGAUGUUCACAAAUAAAUCAGCGUGUGAAGAGCUGACAAAGUGUAAACUGCUUUGAGUUCACGGCAUCAACUCUCUGACCUGUGUGACUGCUCCCUGCUUCAACAAGAAAGUGCUAAUAAACAUGUUCCUUUUUUAAAUAACAACAGUAAUAAUAAUAAUGAUGUAAUAAUAAACAAUUUAUAUGGAAA